GCUUGUUUCGAAAAUGGCAACUUCCGGGAGAAGGCAACCUGUGACACCAUUAUCAAGGAGGUCCCGCCAGUCUCCUGACUCUUCACUGCAGACCAGUCUGGCAAGUCGGACAUCUAACCCUGACAAUAUGGAAGUGAAGAAUGAAGAGGAGGACACACCAAUUCCUGACGUCAAUGAGAGGCUUAGCUAUGUGAGGCCAUCCAGAGAGCUGUUAGAAUACUACAGGAAGAAGAUAGCAGAAUAUGAUGAUGAGCAUGAAAUGAUGAACAGAAAGCUGGACCAAUACAGAAUGACAUAUAUGGAACAGGUAAAAGCUAGACCAGUACAGAAUGACAUAUAUGGAACAGUAAGCUAA